CUUGUUAUAAUUUCAUUAGUUUCCCGUUCCUCUAAUUACAAUUUCACCUGUGUUACACUAAAUACUUUUUUACUUUCUUUCUUUCGUUGCAAAUUGAAUUGGUAUAUAGACCCUUAAAAUUCAUUUCCAGAUUUUAUCAGAAUCAAUAAAUUUAUCUCAUUAAACAGAAAUGGCGGAUCGUCUUACUCAGCUCCAGGAUACAAUAAAUCAACAAGCUGAACACUUUUGCAACAGCAUUGGUAUACUGCAACAGUUCUCAACGCCCAGUAAAUUCCAUGGCUUGGACCGAAGCGGAUCCCAAACGCCGCAGCAGCAGCAGAAUCAGGAGGAUUAUGCUAUGCUUUUUGCGACUUUGAUAUCAAGAUGUGCGAAAGACAUUGACACUUUGAUUGAAUCUUUACCGAGUGAAGAGAGCUCGGCGGAGCUCCAGGUGCAGAGUUUGAGGCGAUUGGAAGCGGAAAAUAAGGAGGCAGCUGAACAACUGGAAGAGGUGGUCCGGCAAGGUGAAAUAUUACUGGAAAAAAUACAAGGAGCUCUGAGCGAUAUUGCCCAAUGCCAACUUGAUAUGCAAAACCCCGCCUUAAUUCUCAACAAAGAUGUGAAACCUCAAUUAUAGAAUUUAAAAAAGUUAGGUGGAUCUGGAUACCACCAUAGGCGAUAAUGUGAAUGGACCUUUAUAACUGAUCUGUGAAAGUGUUAAAUAGAUUUAAUGUUAGUUUUUAUCUUAAUUAUUGUAAUGUUUAUAAGUAAAAGAAAGAUAUUAUAAUUCUUAGCACCAA